AUGAAAGCAACAACGUCAAAGAAAUGGAGGACCUAUUUAGCUUUUUGGCUAUUCGGUAUUUGCAACAAUAUUACCUAUUCGAUGAUGCUUGGUGCUGCUGAAGACAUAAUUUCUCGAUCAGGUGGAGGUGGCGGUAAAAAAGAUGAUGGGAAUAGCACUUGUCCGUCAAAAUCUGAAUCAAGAAAAUGCGAUGGACAUCAAUCAACUGGAAUUGUUCUGCUGGUUGAUAUUUUGCCUUCAUUGGUUAUUCAAUUGAUUGCUCCGAUGCUGAUUGCGGAUCGGCUGAGCUUUACAGUUCGAAUGUUAAUGGUGGUGUCAUUUCAAGCAGUCUCCCUUUUUAUUGUUGCUAUGGCCGGAAAUUUUGGGCUAUCGAUUUUGGGAGUCGCGAUGACAUCGAUGAGUAGUGGAUUGGGAGAGUCGACUCUCGUUUCACUCUCUUCACACUUCCCAAAACCUACCGUUGUCGCUUGGGCUUCGGGAACUGGAGUGGCCGGAAUUUUAGGUUCAUUCCUUUACGCAGCUCUCACUGAACCACACCUCGUCAAUCUCAAGCCCGAGACUGUUCUUUUGAUGUCCUUGGUGAUCCCAAUUCUGUACGCCAUUACUUUCUGGUUGAUCCUCGACUAUCCAACAAAUUUACUGCGAAUUUUCCGUUCUCGUAAAAUCAAAACAAUGGACAUUGUUGAGGGUGAAAAAUCGAAUUCCCAAGAAAAGUUGACCGUGCAAGAGCAAAGAAAAACGACAAUAAAGGAGAAAUUUCUCUUGAUAAAGCCUCUAUUGCACUAUAUGAUCCCGUUGACGCUUGUUUAUGUUGGAGAAUAUGUGAUCAAUCAAGGAUUUACUCAAUUUCUUCUCUUCGAUUGUCGUCAUGGUUUCAAUCUCUCAAAAGAGAGUCAAUAUCGAUGGUAUCAGGUGUUAUACUCAGUCGGUGUGUUCAUCUCUCGAUCAUCGUCUCCAAUCGCGAAUCUCCCUCGAAUCAUUGUUUACAUUCUACCAGUUUUACAGUUAGCGAAUGCGAUUUUCUUCUACUUUGAGGCACUUCACGCCUAUUUACCCCAUAUUUCGAUAGCUUUCGCAUUGAUUUUCUAUGAGGGUUUACUGGGUGGAUCGAGUUAUGUGAAAACGAUCAAUGAUGUGCACAAAAUGGCAGCUCCAGAUGUGCGAGAAUUCUCGCUGGCCGUCGUAAUGACAUCCGAUUCAACCGGUAUCCUUAUUGCUUCACUAUUGGCCAUUUUGUUACACAAUCAAAUCUGCGAUCAACUCGGAACU